UGACGGGUCACGUCACCACCAUGGUUAACAGAUUGAGGCUCCUUUGGGCUUCUUUCAAGCCCAGUCCGUUCUGCUCAAGGUAGCAUCGCGUAUGGUUGGGGCCAAUUUGGUGAAAGAAGCUAGAAAAAUAUACGUUGAGAAGAUAAUCGACGAACACCCAUAAGAAUCAAAAUUAGGGUUAGGGUUAGCUUGGAGGGGGAAUAUGGAGGGUUGGGAUCCAAACACGAAAUCAACAUUGACUCAGAUCCCGCUUCUGGCAACGAAAGCUGGGCCAAGGGAUGGAGUUGCAUGGACACAGAGGCUGAAGGAGGAGUACAAAUCUUUGAUCGCUUACACUCAGAUGAACAAGUCCAACGACAAUGAUUGGUUCCGUAUUUCCGCUGCCAAUCCAGAGGGGACGCGUUGGACAGGUAAGUGCUGGUACGUCCACAACCUGCUUAAGUACGAGUUUGAUCUCCAGUUCGAUAUUCCGGUUACUUAUCCAUCUACCGCUCCGGAGAUCGAACUACCUCAGCUUGACGGCAAGACUCAGAAGAUGUACAGAGGAGGGAAGAUUUGCUUAACAGUUCAUUUCAAGCCACUCUGGGCCAAAAAUUGUCCUAGAUUUGGCAUAGCACAUGCACUUUGCUUGGGUCUUGCUCCAUGGCUGGCAGCAGAGAUUCCAAUUCUAGUGGACUCUGGCAUGAUUAAGCACAAAGAUGAUGCUUCCUCAUCCACUGAUUCCUAAUCACUGUAUACGACACCCCAGCUGUAAAGGCUAUAAAAUAGUGUUGCUUCAUUUUCAGAGUUAUUAGCUUCUAAAAGAAAAUAAGGAGUAUUGAAGCAUAAACUGACAAUUUACAGGGCCCUUAUUGUGUACAAUCUAUCAGCCAAACUUGGUAAACAUUUUUUUUAAAUUAAAUACAAUAUUUGUAGUUUAUGACAUCCGUAAUUUUGAAAUGGAAAAGAAAGAUCAUUAGAUAUUUGCUUA